GCCGGAAGCGAGCGGGCAGCUGUGGUACCGGAAGUGCGGCGGCAGCUGCGGUGCUGCUUGUGCAGAUUUUCGGUGGUCCUCUGAGUGUAGCGCUGAAAUGGCUAGCACGGCUGCACCCGCUACCUCAGCGCCCGCCCAUGCCCUGUCCUUGGAGCAGCUUCGGCGCUUGGCGGCGGAGCUGCGGCUGCUGGCGGCCCAGGUGCGGGUCGGCGAAGCCCGGGAAACCCCCGAGAAGUUCGAUCGGGAGAGGUUUUGGAGAAGACUCAACGAGGCAGCAGUGACAGUGGCAGGGGAAGCCACGACUCUGACCACAGUCUUCUGUCGACCACCGCUACCUUCUUCACAGGAAACCCAGAGGAUCUGUGAGCAAGUCCAUGCUGCCAUCAAGGCACUUACUGCAGCAUACUAUUCACUUCCCAAGGACCAGGGGAUCACCCUGAGAAAGCUGGUUCGGGGCACCACUCUGGACAUUGUGGAUGGCAUGGCUCAGCUCGUGGAAGGACUUCUCAUCACUCCAACUCAGAGCCCUGAGAACAGUACCCUUAUUUCCUACAACAGUGUCUGGGUUAUGUGCCAGCAAGUUCCUCAGAUGCCAAAAGAUAACAAAGCUGCAGCUCUUUCAGUGCUAACAAAGAGUGUGGAUUUUGUGAAAGAUGCACAUGAAGAAAUGGAGCAGGCUGUGGAAGAAUGCGACCCUUAUUCUGGACUCUUGAAUGAUUCUGAGGAAGGCAGUGCUGAGGAGGAAGUGUUGGGGUUUCCGAGCAAUCGGGAUGUAUAUUGGUCUGAGGAAGAUCAGGAGCUCAUAGUCCCGUGCCUCGCACUAGUGAGAGCGUCUAAAGCCUGCCUGAAGAAAAUCCGGAUCCUAGUGGCAGAGAAUGGCAAGAAGGAUCAGGUGGCUCAACUAGAUGACAUUGUGGACAUUUCUGAGGAGAUCAGCCCCAGUGUGGAUGAUUUGGCUCUAAGCAUAUAUCCACCCAUGUGCCACCUGACUGUGCGAAUGAAUUCUGCAAAACUUCUAUCUGUCUUGAGGAAGGCACUUGAGGUUACAAAAGCAAGUCAUGUGACCCCUCAGCCGGAAGACAGUUGGAUCCCUUUACUCAUUAAUGCUGUUGAUGAUUGCAUGAACAAAAUUAAGGAACUCACGCAGAGUGAAAUUGAACUAUGAGUUUUCAGCUUCUUUAGAUUCUCCUGUUUCCCUGUCACUGUUGCAUCUGGGCUUUGAUUCUGCUUUUAAUAAAAGGACCUAGCAAGUGAAAAGGGAGUUCCUGUCUGCAUUUAACAAGAAAUUCUACUUCAGAGACUGUUGAUUGGAUCAGAUUCGAAAUUAUUUAUAAACCAUAUGAAUGUGAUAUAUUUGUUUGUGCUAGAUAUAAAAGAUAAUUGCAUGAAUUUGUGUUCCUGAAUUGCUUUACAGAAGCCUAAGGAAGUUACUCUAUUUCUUAUUCUAUUUCAUAUGUUGUUUCAGUUAAAAAUGUUGAUGGUUUUAAUAAAAUGCUAACCAGCUGAUAGCAAUUAAA